GACAGCACAGGAACACAUGGGUACUAGGACCGUGGACGCUAAUACAGAUGUUUUAAUGCAUAUUUGAGGCACAUUUAUUUUGCGUUUGAGGCUUUUUACACCAUUGAUAAUGUGUCUCCAAUAAAAGCUAUUCAUCAUAAAAGUAUGGAGACAGCUGCCCUUGUGGCUCCAGUCACAGCUCUGGAGUUCCUUCUGGAUGCUUUUCUACUGACGGGUGAAGGUCCAGUCUUGACGGUGUUCAGUCUCUAUCCUCACCCUAAAGCCUGUGCCUCACUGAGUGUGCUCCAACACUACAGAAUCCAUGGGAUACGGCCUACAAGUGUAGAGGCUGUCCCAGCACAGAGAUCUGCUACAGGAGCACAUGGGAGGAAGAGAGACGAACUGAGCUCCACGUCGGAGCCCAAGUUCUACGAUCUAGCGGUGUUUGGAGGCAAGGCUGUGAGGCUGGUGAGGCUCCAUGUGGAUCUCCGGGCUGGGGAGCAUCUACGCUUGGAGAUUCUGGGCCCCCUCAUGGAGCUACAGGACUGGGCCCUGGAUGUCCGUUGGCUCUCUGGAGACAACCGCUCACUGCUCUGUGUGGCUGUAAGUCACAAUAGUGCUCUUCUCCUGGACAUCGUUACAGGAAAUGUCCUGUUUCAGCGCUCCUGUCUGGAGGGAUGUCUGCUGUACUCUGCCCUCCUUCUGGUACACGAAUCCUGGGCGGAUACCAUCUUAGUAGGAGGGACUGUUUUCAACCAACUGGUUCUCUGGAAGCCCGGGGGAGGUGGAGACAAAAGUGUUGAUUCCGAGCACAAAGCUCCAGUUGAGAGACGUCUGCUGGGCCACAGCGGGGUCAUCUUCAGCAUCUCCUACCUCCAGGAGAAAGGAUGGCUGGCUUCAGCCUCCGAUGACCGCAGUGUAAGGGUCUGGGGUGUUGGUGCUUUAGGGGGCCCUGAGGGGAAAUGUGGAGACUUGAACCCGGCUUGUUUAAGGGUCCUAUACGGACACCAGGCGAGGGUUUUCUCGGUGCGUCUCUCCGGGGGGAAUGUGUUCAGCGCUGGUGAAGACGGCGCCUGUUUAGUCUGGGACUGGGCUGGAGGUGGCAAGGUGAUACGGACGUUAAAAGGACACCGAGCAGGGGGGGUUCGUGCACUCGCAGUCAGUGAGGGAGCAGGAGAUGAAGAGAGAUGGGUGGCUACAGGGGGGGCAGAUGGAGGGGUGAGGUUGUGGAGGGUGAAAGGGAGUGAGGAAGGGGAGGAGAAAAAAAUGGAGGACGCAGUGACUGAGAAGCUAACUGACCUGAAGUUUCCCGGCCACGGCUUGCCGAAAGCUGUUUGUAUGGUGGGGGAAGAGGAUAAAUAUGCAAGUUGGAGUCAGAGUAAGUUUGUUGUCUGCACUGACCAGGGAACAGUUUACCAGUACAGCGCCGGGCAGUGGGAGAUGGUGUGGCAAGGGGCUCCUGAGUUUCAAUCCUAUUGUGUGAUGGAAACAAUAACUGUCUGUGUGAAGGACUCAACAGCAAAAGUAAAUUUGUGUGCUGUGGGAAACCUCAGCGGAUCCAUACAGGUCUUCCUCAUCUCUCAUCCUCAGCAUGGGUUUCUUCUCACAGGUGGAAGAUCCACAGGGAAGAUCCACAGUCUCAUUUGGCAAGAGGCAAACAACCGCAUUUAUUUGCUAGCAUCAGGCUCUGGAGGACUGGUCCAUCGCUGGUUUAUAGAGGUAGAAUCGGAUGAAAACUCCUCCUUGGCUCUCAGUGUAAAUCCCCUUCCUUCUUUCCUUCUUCCCCCCUGCGCCAAACGCUGGCUGACAGCCGCAGUGCGCCUCCAUUCCACGACUCAGGGGUUGCUGUGGGCGUGUGGGGACAGGAGAGGCUCCCUGCUUCUGUUUCAGGAGGGAGGAACGCAGGAGCAAAAGAUGGGAGAUGACAAAAGAAUGGAUGAAGGCUGGCUGACGGGCAGGAAACAAACGGGUGGUGAAGGGGGUGAGGAGAGAGAAAGAAAAGAAGUGGGUGACCUAGUGCUGCACCCGUUGAGCUGCCUGUUCGGGGUGCACGGAAAACAGGGUGUAACCUCAGUGUGUGAAUACCAGGGACUGCUCUACAGCACUGGCAGGGACGGCUGCGUGAGGGUCUUCAGAGUGCAUCUAGUGGCGCCAGAAAAGCUUGAAGGAAAGGCUGCAGAGAACAAAGGGGGGCUUCAGCUGGAGGUUCUCCGAGUCCAGCGGGCCUGCAAGGGUAUGGAGUGGCUGGAGAGGGUUUUGAUUCUUGAAUCUGACAAUCCAGCAGAGGAGGAGGAGGAAGGCGACGAAGAGCUCGGAGAGGAAUGUGAGAACCACUCCACGACAAAGAAACAGAAUGUGACAGGAAAGCUGGAGGUUACAGAGGGGAGAGAAGAGAAGGGGAGCUUGAGAGGAGGAGAAGAAAAGACAGAGAACAAGGGAAGAGAAGCCAGGUUCGCCAUUAUCGGCUUCCAUGCUGUCCACUUUGUGGUUUGGGACCCGGUGAGGCAGGAGAGGCUGUUAGCGGUGCCCUGCGGUGGGGGGCAUCGCUCUUGGCGUCUCUGGCCGUCCCACGGAGGAGUUUGGCCCGGAUAUGGAGCUCUGGUCUUCAUCAAGCAGGGGGCCGUCAUGGCUUCGCAACCCCCUGGAGAGGCCUCGAGCUGGGCCGGGAUGGUAGGAAGGACUGGAGGAUGGGGCCUGAGAGAGGGCGUCCACGGGAGGGGGAUCGGGUGUGUGUGCAGGCUGGGGACGAUAAGGGGGAUUGGGAAUAAGAUGCAAACAAACAGUACUGGAGAUUGGACGAAAACUGAGGGAGGAGAUGACGUAAAGGAGGUGGAGAGAGAGGAAGAGCUUUGGGAGAUAGUGGCGACGGGAGGAGAGGACACUAGCUUAACCGUCCUAGCGGUACGUCCCGACUCUGGCCGCAUCAAAGUUCUCUCAGUCAUUACCGACCACAUCUCCAGCGUUCGGACGGUGACGGCAGUGACGCGUCCAGAGGCAGGGAGGGAGAAGCAGACUCUCUCCGCCCUGCUCGUGUCGGCCGGCGGGCGAGCUCAGAUGCAGUGUUACCGGCUGCUGGUCGGCUGGGACAGGCAGAGACUGGUUCCCUCCUGCCAGGUGAUCCAGGUGGCCAGUCACCGAUUGGACGAACAGUGGGAGAGGAGGCGGAACCGGCACAAGAUGGUGAAAAUGGACCCAGAAACAAGGUACAUGUCUGUCGUGGUGCUGGAUGAGAAGACAGACUGUUGUCUUCUGGCUUUGGCCGGCAGCGAUGGAGCUCUCAGGUUGUUCUCAGUCAGUGAAGUCAAACAUCAAAUUGAUUUGUUGUGGGAGACGUUUUACCACCAGCGCUGUGUUCUCAGUGUCGCCGCCUGCAGUCUGGAGGACAGGAAAGGCAACAGGUAUAAGCUGCUGUUCAGUGCUGCAACAGAUGGCAAAAUUGCAGUGUGGGAUUUAACUGAUGCUUCGAGCCAUAGUCCAACUCCACCAAUCCCCUGCCUCGAUAUUCACGCCCACCAGAGCGGCGUCAACUCAUUGGCUGUUUGGGCAGAGGAACUUGGCCAUCAAGAGGGCGGUUGCCUGGUUACUGUUGCUAGCGGAGGGGAUGAUGGGCAGCUGACAGUGUCCGUGAUUAAAGUGCAGUACCCGGAGGACGGAAAGGUUGGGGGCAGCAGAGGGAUUUCUCAGAUUUCUGAGCCCCGGCUUUCUCCACAAACACAGUUCCAAUCUCCAAACCAGCUUCAUCUUCACCUCUACUCCCAGUCCCACAUCCCGUUGGCUCACGCUGCCCCUCUGACCGCCCUGAAGCUCCUGAGCCCGGACCUUGUGGUGUCCACCUCUUCAGAUCAGAGGGUUUGCCUGUGGAGGGUCAGCAGUACCAACAUCCGCCACAUUGGGGCGCUGUGCUGCCAUGUUGCCGAUGCUGCAGGACUCGCUGUGUGGGAGGGGAAGAUGACUGAGGAGGAGGAGGGAGAUAAAAAUAAGAAAACAAGGUUUGAGUCUGAGCAGGAGAUUGCAAUUUGGAGAGGGAGUCAGACAGGAUUAAAAGCGACGUGUCAGACAGCGGCACAGUUCAAUAAGGACAAGAAAACACAUGACGAGGCCGAAGACGGAGAACCUGUUGCAGCCGUGGGCGAGACAGGUGACCCAGUUUGUCAAACCAGUAAUGAGGAGGGAGGUGAGACAGCUGGUGAAUGUAGACAUCAAACAGAGGCUGACAGCGUGGCUGAGACAGAGGGUGAGGUAAACACUGGGACGGGUGUCAAGGCGUCCCGUGAGACCAAGGAAGAGAGAGAAAAGACGGGAUGGGUGCUGGUCUGCGGUCAGGGCUUCCAGCUACUACGAGUCCGCAAUACAGAGACGGAUGCAGAGAUGUGGACCACAGGGAGAGAAAAGGAGCGACUCACAGAGUUAAAGUGACUUCAUGAGAAAAGUCAACAUAAGUGGAAUCAUAAGAAAGAUGGGGUCCAAACAAUGACUUUCUCAAAGGACAUAUUUUAAUCAAUGGUUUAUAAAGUACCUGUAAAAUCCCUUGAUUGCAGGUAUAUGGAUUGAUAUCAAAUGGAUUUUAAAUAAAGACU